AUGCCCGUCAUCACCAACUCCGCUCUACUUUUAACAAUUUUAUUACUUAGAGUCCCAUCGAAUGCUCAGGGUAGAUCAAGUUCCAUGGUACGUGUCCCUGAGUAUGACAAUAUGCUUGAUGAACGCUAUAACAUCACAGAUCAUGUUGGACUCUCCCACAGGGGGGACUGUGCCUCUUUGUGUCACAGGGACGUCCGCUGUGUCUCCUUCUCCUACAACAUCCUCACCGGCAGAUGUCUCCUCCACUCUGUACACUUCUACAACAUGAAUAGAGGGGUAUCCCAACAGGGAUGGCGCUACUUCAAGCUGUUUACGGACCGGUGCCCUCCAGACUUCGUGUACAACAGGAUAGGGAAGUUCUGUUUUCGACACGACCUGUUACAAGCAUCUUGGUCCGAACAUGCCCGGCGUUGCAACGACAGCGGAGGCUCGCUUUUGAUCAUUGACACACCCGAAAAACAAGCGGAAGUUGUUAAACAGAUUGGCUGUUGUCAAGAUAUACAGAACAUAAACCUCUAUCUUGGAGGUUACAAGGCCGAGGGGACAUGGCGCUGGGUUGAUGGAAGGGAGAUAACUCCAACGGUCUGGUACAAUUCCACUGUCAACAAACAAACGGGGAACAUUGCUAUUUCGAGGAAGUUUCAGUACAUGUGGGCUGUGAGAACUUCAAAUAGACGUGCCUUAUGUGAAGUAGUGAAUGUAUCAUUCUAACCCCUGUAUACAUAUAACUAAACGUAAAGGUAGAAGUGAAUCCUGUCUAUGUUAUAAA